UUUAUACCAAUGAAACUAAAACAGAUGCAAUUAUAUAUUUAUCAUUUUAUAUUUUUUGUAAAAAGGAAAAGAAGAAAGUUGGAUCCGCAAUCAUUCCUAAUUUGUGCAUAACACUGCUGCCAAAACAUGCGAAGUUCAAAUAAGCUCUAGAAAACAAAACAAAACAAAACAAAAGAAAUAAAAAAAGAAUGAGAAAAAGAAAAAGAGAAGUAUGAACUCAAAAGAACGGCCCCACCACCGCACCAUUCCAAAGGUUUAUUUCGAGUAGAGAGGAGGGAUGAUCCUAUUCCAUCUUCUCUCUUUAUAAAAACCCUUUUCGUCACCUCUUCUUUCCUCAUAAUAAUAAUAUCACAUCAUCCUACAUAGCCCUUUAUCUAAAGAACAAAAAACCCUUAUUUGCUCCCAAUUCCUUUCUUUUCAUCACAUACUAGCCAAAGCUCCAUGUACUACUAGUCACUCCCCCAAAGUUCUUGAUUUCAAACUUAUAGUUCCUUUCAAAAGUCUUCUUUGUAUACACACAUACGUUUGCUCUUUCUUCUUUCUGCGUGUGUGUGUGUGUGUUUUGUGUUGUAAAAGUGGAUCGGAGGUAUGGAAAGGGACCGGUUCCACCCCAAACAUCGGCGGCGGCGGCGGCUGAUGAUAAUCCGUCCUGGGACGAGACUGAUGUCACCGCCAUGGUCUCCGCUCUAAGCCGUGCCAUCGAGAACCCGACUGACCCGCCUGUCAAACAAGAGCUUGAUAAAUCAGAUCAACUUCAACAAGACCAAGAUCAACCAAGAAGGAGACACUAUAGAGGCGUAAGGCAGCGACCGUGGGGAAAAUGGGCUGCCGAAAUCCGCGAUCCAAAGAAAGCAGCCCGUGUCUGGCUCGGGACUUUCGAGACAGCCGAAGAAGCUGCUUUAGCCUACGAUCGAGCCGCCCUCAAAUUCAAAGGCACCAAGGCUAAACUAAACUUCCCUGAACGGGUCCAAGGUCCUACUACUACUACAACCAUUACUCCUGCCACAAGAGGAGGCAGUGAAUCAAUGAACUCACCUCCUCCUCAUCAGCCUGCUCCAUCUUCUACUACUCCUUCGUGGCCAAUGAACUAUAACCAAGACAUUCUUCAAUACGCUCAAUUGCUUACGAGUAACAAUGAAGUUGAUUUAUCGUACUACACGUCGAGUCUCUUUAGUCAGCCUUUCUCAACGCCUUCUUCAUCUUCUUCUUCCUCCCAACAAACGCAACAACAACAGCAACAGCAGCAGCAGCGGGAGGAAGAAGAGAGGAGCUAUGGUUACCAUUAUUAUAACUACCCGAGAGAAUAAUCUAAUUUUCUAUAUUAUCGGUCGAAUCAGUUUCAUAAAUCGCCACCAUUUUCGUUUCAUUUUUCUAUUUUCCCAACCUUUGUUGCACCGAAAAUAUAAAAAAUGAACGAGAGGCAUAUGUAACAUUUUGCUUAAUUUUGUUUCGUUAAUGUUGGUAAAAUUUGGAUUUGCUGAAGUUUAAUAUUUCUGAGA